AUGGACUCGGCCUCUGAUCGAUUUGACCCUAGUGUUGGCGACCAACAUCGCGGUGGACCCGCAUCCGUCGGGAUGCCAAACGCCCCUUCCACCACCGCGAACCCCUUCGACGAACCCCAGCGCCGCAUGAGCGAGUACACAGCACAAGAUAUUGCUACCCUUCAAGCGCGACUGGACAAGAAGCUGGGCCCAGAAUACAUCUCCAAUCGACCAGGUGCCGGUGGCCAGAAAGUACAUUAUCUUUCUGCCGACAAGUGUAUCAACCUCGCCAAUGAGGUUUUUGGAUUCAAUGGCUGGUCCAGUUCAAUCCAGAAGAUCGACAUUGACUUUAUUGAUGAGAACCAAAACAGUGGUCGGGUCACCAUGGGGUUGUCGGUUGUUAUGAGGGUCACACUUAAAGAUGGAACGUAUCACGAAGAUAUCGGUUAUGGUCACAUCGAGAAUGCGAAAGGCAAAGCGGCAGCCUUCGAGAAAUCAAAGAAAGAAGCAACAACAGACGCCUUGAAACGUUCACUUAGAAACUUCGGAAACGUGCUCGGUAACUGUGUUUAUGACAAGGACUACCUUGCAAAGGUCACUAAAGUGAAGUCUGCACCGGCCAGAUUUGACAUUGAGGACCUUCACCGACACCGGGAUUUUGUACCCAAGCCCCAAGCGCCUCCCGCAAAACGAAGUAGCAAAGCAGUGGCAAGCGCUAGCUUCGACGGGGAUGGUGAAUUUGGCAGUGAUCUCUUUGAUGAAGCUGAUUUCGCUGUGGGAACGACGGGCAAUCCCGACGAGAUAAUAAUAGAAGCAGAAGCUCAACAGCAGCCGCCAACCCCUAUGAAUCGCCCGCAACCUCCGAGAGGACCUCCAGCAGGACGAUUUGAUAACACUGUUACGCCAUCGAAGCCAGAGAGGUGGAAUCCGGGGAACCAAGUCGCCAGACAACCCUUGCCCCCAAAUGGCCGACCCAACCCCUCAGCUAUACCUGCUCAAGGCCGACCUAUGCCCCCGAAUGGACUUCCUAACAAUGUGCCAAAUUCGAGACCCGGGGGCCCGCCUCAAGUACUCCCUACCCCUGGCACCGAUGUUCAAAACCCUAACGGGCUGCCAUCUGUAAAAACGGAACCUACGGCAGGAUUAAACCAAGACCAACAGCCACCAACCGGGACUCAAUCGGUGGGAUUCUUUUCGGCCCGUGUAGCAGACAUGCUGCGUGAUAACCCCAAUGCUGGCCCUGCCCCCGGAAGCCAAUUCGAUCCCCAUGCCGAGAGUCCAUCCAUCCGGAAGACGGCUGGCGUGGAUCAUACCAAGAGCGUGCCUAUCUCUAGGCCGAUGCUGUCCAAUGCCUCUCCUGCACCCAACAACUCCCGAGAUUUCGUCAACCCUGCCACUGACUUUCAACGGCGAGUCGGUGCUCCUGGAGGUGUCGCGGGCGGAGUUGGCAGUCCCUUAUCCAGAGGUCCAUCGACCUCGACAUUUCGACCAUUGACCCGAGCCACCCCCAACGCCGCGGCCAUGAACCGAGUGAAUGUACCGCCACAAAAUAUGAACGGAAAGCGACCACCUCUGAGUGACGUUACCAACGCUUCACCCGGUGCCAAUAAUCCAACUGCCGCCCCUCAGGCUGCGAGUCCCACCGAUUCUAAGCGACCUCGAGUGUCCGACGUUGGACAACAACAGCCGCCGCCGCCGCCUCCGGCCCCAAAGUGA